UCUCCUCCAUUCAUUCAUUCUCACCAUGAAAUCUAAAGAAGCGCUACUGAUAUUUUAUGUAAUAAACCAGUAUAUUUGUUCUUCGGAUGUUAUCCAAGACAGUUUUACCAUUUCGUUAUGGUCCUCAAAAAGUAAGCAAGACAUGUUUCGUAGAUAUAAAGUGGACGUAAAAAUUUAGUGCAAAAAAAAUUAUAAAUUAAACAUAUAUUUUAACAUAAGAUAAUGAAUAGUUGUGUAUUUCAUGGAAUUAUUUUGAUUGGACUAGUGUUUGUUUUUCCUGUCGAAUUACUUCUAGUGCCCAUCUAUAUAGAAAAUGUAAGAGACCCUUACUGUCAAGUAAAAAACAACCAAACAUUUGACUUCAUAGUGAUUGGUUCAGGACCUACAGGGUCAGUUAUUGCCAAUAGACUAUCGGAAGUGCCAGAAUGGAAUAUCCUUUUAAUAGAAGCUGGAGGGGUACCUAGUCCCAUAGUGGAUCCACCAGGAAUAUGCAGUGCUCUUCAGUUUACUAAUUACGAUUGGGGGUAUAGGACAGAGCAGCAAGAUGGAGUUUGUUCAGGUUGCAUAAACAAAACAAUAAAAUAUGCUCACGGUAAAGCUCUUGGAGGAACCACCAUCAUUAAUUUCAUGAUUCAUGUACGUGGAAACAGAAGAGACUAUGAUAGAUGGUCAGCGAUGGGUAAUCCAGGUUGGUCUUACGAUGAAGUCUUGCCAUAUUUUUUAAAGUCUGAAGAUGCUCAUUUGGAGAAGAGCGAACCAGGAUAUCACAGUUCUGGAGGAUAUUUGACUAUUAGUGAUGUGCCAUAUCGAACUAAAUUAGUAGAUGCCGUUGUGGAAGGUGCUCAAGAGGCUGGUUAUCCUUAUAUUGAUUAUAACGGAAAAGAACAAAUUGGGUUGUGUAUUUUUUGCGUUCAAAAUAUGGAAAAUAUUGAAGAAUAUACCAACCAAGAUAUUCUUAAUUUAUUUUACAUUCAUGGAGAAUGUAAUCGAAUCAAAAGUAGAACCUGCCGCAUGUUUAAUGAACGAUACCCUCAUUUACCACCAAUGAACAGACAGAAAUUUGAUAGAAUCGAUGCUAACUUUUUGAAUAAUUUUAAACAAAACCCGGGAAGAAACCCACUAAAUAAAUGGCAUCCCUAUGCACAAAGAAAAGUUCAUGAGUUGCGAGAUGGUGAUCAAAUAAGACGAACUGAAUUAUGCGAAUGGUUAUUGGUACGAAUUCAAGAAGAUCCCGAGAUUUUAAACAAAAUUUUGUGGUCAGACGAGUCGAAAUUUACACGUAAAGGGAUCAUCAAUCGCAAGCAAUGUCAUUUCUGGGCAAACGAAAAUCCACAUUUUUAUCGUAAAGCACAAUUUCAGUACGAAUUUAGUUUUAAUGUGUUUGCAGUGAUCAGUUUUGGAAGAGCUUUUUAUUACAUUUAUAAUGAAAGACUGACCGCAGAAAGAUACAUUAGAAUUCUUAGAGAAGUAGUUGCCGACAUUUUAAACCAGCUACCAAAUAAUAAUUUUUGGUACCAGUUGGAUGGUGCCCCAGCACAUUCAACAUACUAUGUAAAUCAAGAAAUUACAGCAAUCUUUGAAGACCGAUGGAUAGGUCCAAAUGGUCCUUGGCUUUGGCCUGCAAGAUCGCCAGAUCUAACUCCUGUUUCCUAUGUUCAAGCUCAUCUAAGAAACGGAAGACGUUGCAGUGCAGAAAAGGCAUUUCUGCGACCGGUAGCAACUAGACCUAAUCUCAAAAUACUAACGAAUAGUAGAGUAGUAGAAAUCCUUAUAGAUCCAGAUUCAAAGAAAGCUUAUGGUAUUAAAUAUGCCAGGAAAAAGAAAUAUUACUAUGCUUUUGCCAAUAAAGAAGUUAUUUCCAGUGCUGGGGGUCUAAAUUCUCCGCAACUGCUUAUGUUGUCUGGAAUAGGACCUAAGCAGCAUUUAGAUGAAUUAGGUAAAUUUUAG